ACUCAACGAAAUCAAAGCGAUGGCGUUGACCGCCUAUUCAACACCGCCUCCUCGUUUUGAAUAAAAAGCACAACCUGAUCCCUCUAAAGCCAAUUAACCAUCCUCGAGUCUGUUCUAUCUUGUUAAAUCCCGAACUUGCCGAAACUCACAUAUAUCCAAUCAAAAAUAAGACACCGUUUCAUCAAAAGCAAUCCCGAACUUCCGAAAACUCAUAAAUACCCAAAUCAAAUAAGACACCUUUUCCUUAAAACGCUGCACUAUUUCCCUCUUGAAAAACAAAUCUUUCGAUAAUUUCUAAGAUUUCACCUUCUUUUAAUUACAUAUAUAUACCCAGAACCUUAAUUUUGUUUCUAUCAUAAAAGCUUAAUCCCUCUUCAAUGGCUUCUUUUGAGAGAUACGGCUCUCAAUCCUACGCCCCCUCAGCUCCAACUCUCCCCGAAGAUCACAACUACACCUCUACUACUACUACUACUACGCCUCCUCCAAACAGCCAUGGCCAUGAUCACACCCAAUUUCACAGCCAUGGCUCUUCUCCUUCUUCUUAUGCAUAUGGGCAAUCAAGUUCUUCUUCACAUGGUUAUGGGCAAUCAAGUUCUUCUCCAUAUGGAUAUGGGCAAAUGGGUUCUACGUCUUCGUUUUCUUCUUCGUAUGGAUAUGGGUACGUGGGUUUUCCUGCUGGGACGAGUCCUGAUGUGAUAAGGAGUUUUGAGAUGGUCGACAGAGAUCGAAGUGGGUUUAUUGAUGAUAACGAGUUACAGCAAGCGCUUUCUUCUGGGUACCAGAAAUUUAGCCUUAGAACUAUUCGUUUGCUCAUCUCUCUCUUCAAGAAUCCCAAUGAUCCAGCUCCCAGAAUUGGGCCCAAAGAGUUUGCUGGAUUAUGGAAUUGCCUCGGUCAAUGGCGCGGCAUAUUUCAGAGAUAUGAUAAAGACAGGAGUGGACGAAUCGAUGUAAUGGAAUUCAGAGAUGCUCUUUACGGUUUAGGCUAUAUGGUUCCUGGCUCUGUUCUUCAACUUCUGAUUUCCAAGUAUGAUAAUGGAAGUGGUCGGAAAGUCGAGCUUGAUUUUGACAGUUUUGUCGAAUGUGGGAUGAUUGUCAAGGGUUUGACUGAAAAAUUUAAAGAGAAGGAUCCGCGUUAUUCCGGAUCAGCAACUUUCACAUAUGACGCAUUCAUGUCUAUGGUCAUCCCAUUUCUCGUGUCAUACUGAUUUCGUGUGAGAUCUUUUUUUUCCCUGUAUGGUAAGCAUUUAUUUUAGAACUCACAUGAAAAACUGUGAAUCAGUUAGAAACUUGUAUAUUUCACAAGGGGCUGAGAGAAUUUGCUUUUGGUACAUUUGUUGGGUUGCUUUGUUCUUCUUAUUCAUUAUUUGUUUGCUUGAAAUUUCUUUGUUCAUCAGAAUUUGAGAAUUUGCUUUUGUUUGCUUGGUGA